CUAGACCGGUAUGGCCAGUCUCGAUGCGAAUUUCGUUCAGGAAAGAGCUCAGUGAGGUGUCAAGGAUAAAACGUGUUCCAAAACGUAAUUUUUGCUUAUGCUGUGCACAAGUGAAGGCAACAUGGUGAAGAUGGAAUCUACGCCCCAGCCGAUCGCCGCCAGGACUCCUUUGAAAUCGUCUUUCACGAUCAGUUCCAUCCUUCCGGAAACGGCUUCCAGGCCGGCCAGCCCGAUCGUCGAGGCUUGCGUACCCCAGAGCUGUUACUCGGAGACGACCGACACGGAUUCCGACUUGGACGUUACCGGCGGCUCCACUCCACCGCCCCUCGACUGUUCCACCAAAUUAAAACGGGAAGACGACAAACCCGAGGAGAAGAAGAAAAACGAAAAACCGCCCUUCAGCUACAACGCUCUCAUCAUGAUGGCAAUCAGGGAGUCGCCGGAAAAAAGGCUCACACUUAACGGUAUUUACGAAUACAUUAUGAAAAACUUCCCUUACUAUCGAGACAACAAGCAGGGUUGGCAAAACUCGAUUAGGCAUAAUUUGUCUUUGAACAAAUGCUUCGUGAAAGUGCCGAGGCACUACGACGACCCCGGUAAGGGAAAUUACUGGAUGUUGGACCAGAGUGCGGAGGACGUUUUUAUCGGCGGAACGACUGGAAAAUUGAGGAGGAGGUCCACCGCCGCUUCCAGGAGCCGUCUUGCGGCGUUUAAAAGGAGUGUGGUUUUAGGAGGACUUUAUCCGUCUUUCGCCGGUGCCCCUUGGGCCGUGAACCCUUUGAGCCAGCUCUACUGCGCUCCUCUGUACCAUAGGUAUUCGACGUAUCCGCCUGCUUCUCCGUACGUGCCGAUUCCGUCCGUCCCUCUGCCUAAACCACAGGCACACGGUUUCUCGGUGGAGCGGCUCCUGGCACCGUCGACCUACCAACACGCACCCGCGCCUCCACCGGCCUACGACAUGUACGCUCCGAGGAACCACCAAGUUUCACCGUCCAGCCCCGAGCCAAGGAUGGUCUUCAAGCCGGUCACCCUCAUCUCCAGGUCGGGCAGCUAAUGAGCCCGUUUUUUAGUACUUGUUUACUAACGACAAACUGCAAAUUUGAAAUCCUCGCUGCUCGCUGGCCCGAGCCAAUGCUGGACGAUCGGCUGUUUCAUCUCGGAUACUCCGCAACCUUCGAAUCUCCGUGUCACUCGAGAUCUGCCAGCUAGUGAGUCUAUGCACAAAGUAAACAAAAACUAACAAACUUUUUUAUAACAAUUAUACACAUUCAGGGUAACCCGAAUUUCUUUUCUUAUCAUAAGAAAACACAAGAAUUUGAUCUCAUUCGGCGGGUGUCUUAUACUUCCUGUAUAUUGUUUUAUAUUUUCUGUUUAUUAGAUUUGUUUUUACAAAGUUACCAAAAAAAGAAUUGUGUACAUAGCGUUGUUUAUCAUGUAUAUAGUCUAUAAUUUAUGUUGUAUAUAGUUACUAAAUUAUUUAUGUCCCUAAAUGAUAAUGCCCAUGGCGAAAAGUGUAAAUAAGAUUGGACUAUUUGUAUUGUAACUGUAUAGUAUUUAAAAAGAAAGAACAAUAUUUAUAUUUUGUACAUAAUUAUGUAUAGAACAACGCAGGCUCCAUAUACAAGAAAAUAUACAGAGCAAAUUUUAAAAAAUUA